CACACACAUACACACAAACUCACAUAUAUAUUUAUAUAUAACAUACCUAUAUAUAAAUAUAUAUGUAAACAGUUUAGACGCAUGUAUGUGAUAUAUGUGCUUAUAUUGAAGGGCCAAGAAAUAUUCACAUCCUGUAGUAAAUAGUGUGAGAGUGCAAAUCAUAGAAGGAAGAUAAACGGUCAACAAGUUUGCAGUAUAAAUUAUAAUUACAUAAGAUAUUCAUUUCUACGUCUGCGUGGAACUCCUAGAUUCUCAGCCUACAGAUAUGAUUGAAGGAGGCGUUAUUGACAAACAGCUAUAUGCAACAGUCAUCAGAAUAUACCUGUAAUCAUUCAAAGCAGUUUUUUGAAAUUUUUUCAUUAACGAGUUAAUAACGAAAAAGCUGUAACAAGCAAAUUUUUUCGCGAGUGAACGUAAAAGAUUAAUUCAUAUCCUGUUUAGUGAGCAGCCGUGGCUUAGCUAAUUUAUAAAGUGAAGUACCUUACUGCAAUUAGUAGAAGAUUGUCAAGUGUGAGCCAAAAGUUCAACAGGUAAACAGUGUCUAUCGCUGAUCUGUUGUUGCAGCUUUAAUCAAGGAGUGCUUGGCAAGUUCGCUCCUGAAAUUAUUCUGUGUAAUCUGCCAGCAAAAAUUUGACAAGACGGCGGUCACUACGUACAUCACACCGCUCAUCACAUCCGAGAAGAUGGUGACAAGGACAAAAAAAAUAUUUGUUGGAGGAUUGUCAGCGCCAACGACGUUGGAGGACGUCAAAAAUUAUUUCGAACAAUUUGGCCCGAUUGAAGACGCCAUGCUGAUGUUUGACAAGCAGACCAACAGACACAGAGGCUUUGGGUUUGUUACGUUUCAAAGCGAAGAUGUUGUAGAUAAAGUAUGCGAAAUUCAUUUCCAUGAGAUUAAUAACAAAAUGGUUGAGUGUAAGAAAGCACAACCGAAAGAAGUGAUGUUACCAGCAAAUUUGGCGAAGACGCGAGCAGCUGGUCGCGGUGCUUACGACUUCAUGUGGUCUUUAGGAGCAUUACCUGAUGAAAAUUGUGACUUAUUCACAGGUUUUCCAGCGGCCUAUGCGGCAUACGCAGCAGGCCGUGGCUACUCUGGCUACCCAAGCUUCGGACUACCGUAUCCAACAGUGGAUCUUACCAAUGGGCAGCUUACACCAAACAACAAUACACCCCUGCUAACGCAAGCUCUUUCUGUGAUGAAUAACUAUCAAGCAGCAGCACAGGCUGGUUUUCCCCCAGCAUCACCUCAUGGUGCCGGUGGACAUGGUGGGCCGCAAGGUCGCUCGUUCCCUGCUGCAAAUUCACCAGGCCCGAUUGACAUGUACAGUUCCAGCGCAGCUGCUGCAGCAGCCGCGGCUGCUGCGGAUUCAGCAGUGGCAAGUUACGUCCAAGCAGCUGCGAGCCCACAACCACCUACCACCGCGUUCCCAGCAAUCGCAGUAUCGCGUGCUCCACUCAAUUACAGUCCUGGUCCUCUGAUUCCAGCAGCAUUCACUAACGGCUACCAUUGAGCUUUGUUCGAAACAAACAUCAGGAUGGACGAGUGGGCUGAGCGCAGUAUUGUUGACUGCCGCGAUUAUUUAAACUAAACAAGCAAAGAGAUAAAUAAAAUUUUAAGAUCAUCAAUUAAUAUCGAGAAGGAGAUAGCUACAUGAUCGGAGAGGCAAAAAUAGAGUGAAAGAGUGAUUAUGAGUGAGAUUGUGAAAAUGAGAAUGAGCGGAUGAGAAAGGGGCAUACAUCAAGCAUAUAAAAAAAAACUCAGAAUGUGUACAGCGCUUCAGCGUUAACACAGUUAUGUAUACAGCGCAUGAAGAUGCAGUCGUCAUAAGCGGGCAUCAAUCAUAAUUGAAAGGCAGCAAAGGGUUGUCCAUUAAAUUUUCGAAGCAUUAUUAAAAGCUAUACGUUAUCAUCGAAUUAUUUACAAUGAGAAAAGAAAAGAUUGAGUAUUCAUGUGUGCGGAAUGCAUCGUAUUUUAGAUCGAUUUUAAAAAAGCUAAGAACAAGGCCUUGACAAAUAUAAUGAGACAAAGAUGUUCUCGUAUGAAUUUAUUGCAAUAGAGAGGAAAAUAGUUAGUUAAACAGAGAAAGAGAUAAAAUAUGGGAAAACUGGUUUGAUGCUAAAACACAUGUAAAAUAUGAAACUAUUCUAUUAAACCUCAAUUGAGAGUGAACUUUUGAAGCAAAGUAUGUAGAAUUAAAGACUACUACUCUCAGGCGAAGUUGACACCUUCUUUAAUCAGUUCUUAAAGGAUACCUAAGUAUGCAGCAGUUUACAAGUGAAAAUACAAGUGAAAGAGAAUACGUAGGCGUCCAUAAAACGGUUGAACAUUUUUUGAUCGAAUACAAUACAAUAAAGAACAAAUUGUGUUGACUUGAAAAGAAAAAACUUAUUCGCCCUAAAUUUUGUUCGUGAGCGAUAAGAUUUGAAAAAAGGAUGAUUAACACAAUGGAGAUCUUCGAUUUUUGACGCUAGCCCGUUCUCUCAUGCUAUUGAAUAAACAAUAGUAAUAUUAUUAUUAUGAAUAAAAAAUUAAUAAUGAAUAACUAUUACUAUUUGCUAAUUAUUACAAAGCAGUGAAAUUUUAUGAUGGGUGUGUGAAUAUGUUUUUAA